AUGUUUAUUCCCUUAACUGUUACUCUAUCUACAUUAUUAGGAUCUAUUCCAAUGUUAACAUGUUUCUUUAUUCAUUUAUUGCCAUCCUAUGGUGUUUUUAAUGCUACUAGUCUGAUUGUUUGUAUUGGGUUGGAUAGAGCUUUGAGUGUUUUCUUUCCCUUUUGGUAG